AUGCCGAACGUUGGACGACCCAGCCGUGAUUGUCACGCAUGCCGGCGACGACGAGUCAAGUGCGACCUCGUACGUCCCCAGUGCAAUCGAUGUAUAAAACUAGGCCAGCCAUGCCCAGGAUAUCGAGACCCGCUCGACACACGCUUUCGCGACGAGAGCAUUGCAUCGUUGCAGUCCCAGGGAGGCCGCCAUCGUCGGAAACGGCGCGCCCGGGAAUCCGACUCCUCUUCCAGUUCGACGGGCGAUGAGACCAGGAUAUGCGAGAAGCUGGAGAGAAACGGCAGGGAGAUUUCUUUGUUUAUGGGGUCUGGUUCUAAACAUGGGACUUCGAGUGCCGCUCCCUUAACAAUAUACCGAAACCCAACAAAGACUCGCGGGAACUGGACCGAUCGCCAAAUGCUGCACUAUUACCAGGUCGUUGCAUCGGCUGAACUGUCCGGUGUCCACACGACGAGGUUUUGGAAUACUAUUGUGCUACAGCAAAGCCAAGAAGAGCCAGUACUUUGGCAAGCUUUGGUGGCACUUGGGUCUACUCAUCAGGAUUUCGUCCUGGGAGGAAGCACGGCGGAGACUGAUCAGCUAACCUCUCUUUGGCAGUACAAUAAAGCGAUCAACCAACUCGGGCGAUACAUUGGCUUAAGCGGGCGUCCAAGCCAGAAAACCGUACUCUUGUGCUGUGCUGUUCUGUACUGUGCUGCCUGUGCAAUGGGCAAAUUUGACGAUGCACAGCUACACCUGCAAGCUGGACUGGCAACAAUACAUCAGUUUAUGGUGGAGAGCGGGAAAUCAAUGGCUGUUCAUGCUGUUUCAGAAACCGAUGACUUUAAAUAUUUGCUUCACGUAUAUGCCUGGAUGGACACACAAGCCACGUUCCGUGACCCAAGCCGACCUCCCUUCUUGUCUUCGGUUGCAGAUGAUCGCAUCACACAAGGCACAUCCUGGAUUCCCGAACAAUUCCAUAGUCCCAGUGGGGCUCAAAUGGCUCUUGAAAUACUACAUGGCCGAGUCGUUCAUUUCUUAACGUGCAAUAGAGACGUCAAGAACGUGCCUGUGGAUCAUCUCCCGCCAUUGGUUGUUGAAAAGAAGGCUAUGCUCGACCGUCAAAUGACAAGUUGGAAAUCAGCAUUUGAUCGGAGUAUGGAACGGGAAUCUUUCCGGAGGACAGCCGCAGAUCAACACCAUAUUGCUCACACCGAGCUGCAAUACCGCUCCCUUUCAGUCGUUUUGCAUGGUGGUUUAGAGGCCGGCUCUGAGUUUGCGUUAUGUCGGGACUUUGACCCUGAUCUCAGAGAGAUUUUUUCGAUAAUCAAGUCGAUUCUCAAGAAUCCCACGGAUGAGCAUGCCGGCAAUCGAAGCCAUGCUCAACGUAGCUUCUCGUUCUCCACGGGUAUAUUACCUCAGCUGUGCGGAGUCCUGUUCAAGUGCCGCGAUAGGGAUUUGCGUUGUGAAGCUCUCGCGCUGCUAAAGGGGUCUCCUCGUCGCGAAGGUCUCACAGACAGUGAGACGUUGGCGCAGGUUUUUGAACAGCUCUCCAUAGCCGUUGAUGUCGAAAAUGAGAAGAUGCCGCGGGGCUCACAGCUUUCACUCGAACAAUAUGCCUGUCGGAUUAAUGAGCAGUGUACGAAAGCGACGACAUUUCCUGCCUUUAACACGCGACUCGGUAUUCUCUAUACUGAUGGCAUAAUACAAACUUGCGCUUUGGAAUCUUCACCUGUCGAUAUGGAGGCCCUUGCUGAGCGUCGACGAUCCCGCCACAAGCGCCUCAUUAUAUGUUGCGACGGAACCUGGGAAGACGGCACGUCGUCUGAAAUCAAUUCUCCACCAACUAAUAUCACGCGUAUCUGUCGUGCGGUCAAAGGAUAUGCUGAGAUAGACGUUGAUGGGAUACCGACACAGAUUCCUCAGAUAACCUACUACCAAAAAGGUGUUGGCACUGGUGUUUUGGAUCGGUACAUUGGAGGCCUGUCCGGAGCUGGUCUCAGCGCCAAUGUUCGAGCAGCAUACGCAUUUCUAGCGGAGAAUUUCGACGAGGGCGACCAGAUCUAUUUCUUUGGCUUUUCCAGAGGGGCGUAUACCGCCCGUGCAGUGGCUGGACUGGUGGCUGACAUGGGACUGUUGACCAACCGGGGCAUGGAUAAUUUCAGCACUGUCUAUAAUGACUAUUAUAAAAAUAAGAAACUCAGCUACGACCCGAAGGUACGAGAGCAAUUGGGGUUCCGUCCGCCUCUGCCUCGGUUCACAAUCCAAGUCAUCGGCGUCUUCGACACUGUUGGGUUCCAUGACUUUCAUCUGACGUCCAGUCUGUUUGGCGAGAAAUUCGAACUUCCCAACACGAUUUUGUCCCGCGACGUUCGGUAUGCGUUUCAGGCACUGUCCCUGGACGAGGAACGGGCGGCAUUCACUCCCACCCUUUGGCAUUCCCCUGUCAAAGUUCCCGAUCAAGAGCUUCUACAAGUAUGGUUUUCCGGUGCCCAUGGAGAUAUCGGCGGCGGCGAGGAGGAUCCGCGGCUGUCAGACAUCACUUUGGCUUGGAUGAUCCAGAAUUGCACUAAAGACAACCAGCUGGAAUUCAACCUGGACUAUCUUUUCGAUACGCCCGCGCCAGCAGUACAAGACGCCCAUGUUCCUUGGGCAACGAGUGUUGGCCAGGAAGACCACUGGGGGCUGACGCAAUACAUGGAAGCAUUAUUUUUCGGGAAAACGGUUCGAACACCACUAGAAUACACCAAUGGUAAUGACCAAAUCGGAUAUACAAACGAGUGGAUACACGAGUCGAUAAAUGACCGAAAUAUCAACGAGCCGAAAGAGGCAACGACCACAUUCACGUCCUGGCCGAGCAAAACGGUAGCACGCAAGUUCGGCCCAGAUACGUGGCUUCUCAAAAAUGGGAAUGAGAUUAGGCAGAUUGGCGCUGGAAAUAUGGAAUUCUUCCUAAAGGGGAGGAUUCGAACAGUGCGAGCGAUUCAGGUUGAUCUUGCAUGGUGA